AUGUUAUCACAUGAUACACUUCAUUCAAAACAAGUUAUUAAAAUACAAGAUUUAAUAAAACAUUAUGAUUCAUUAUUAGCAAGUGGACAUGAACCUGAAACACAUAGUAG